AUGCCUGUCCCUUUCCUCGGGCGCCUCAAUCCGAGCGAAUAUGUCGCCCUCGUCGGCUCGUUCCUCCUCGUAGGCCUCGAGGCCUUCAUCCGCGUCUUUACGCUUGCUCUACCUAUCUCGACCUCGAUCCGGAACGCAUCCGACUUCGUCGACCUCUGCGCCACCUUUGGGUACACAGCCGAGGAACACGUCGUGCAGACCAAGGAUGGCUAUCUGCUCGGACUGCACCGCCUGGCCUGGAGGAAGGGGGAGGAAGACACCAAGGUCAACAGCGGCCCCAAGAGCGUCAAGAAGCGCGUCGUGUACCUGCACCACGGGCUGCUCAUGAAUAGCGAGGUGUGGGUUUGUCUGACGGACGAGCAACGAGCACUGCCAUUUGUUCUGGUGGAGAGGGGAUUCGACGUCUGGUUUGGCAACAACCGUGGCAACAAGUACUCCAAGAAGUCCAUUCGCUGGUCGCCGACUUCGCUGCAGUUCUGGAACUUUUCUAUCGACGAGUUUGCCUUCCACGAUAUCCCCGACAGCAUCGGCUACAUCCUCGAGACCACCGGUCAGAAGUCGCUGUCGUACAUCGGCUUUUCUCAAGGCACCGCUCAGGCAUUUGCCAGCUUGGCGGUCCACCCGAAGCUCAACGACCAGGUCAACGUCUUCAUCGCCCUCGCGCCUGCCAUGUCGCCCGCCGGCCUGUCCAAUGGUGUUGUCGACGCCCUCGUCAAGGCCUCGCCGCAAGUGCUCUACCUGCUCUUCGGCCGCCGCUCCAUCCUCAGCUCAGCCACCAUGUGGGAGUCGCUCCUCUACCCACCGCUCUUCACCAAGCUCAUCGACCUCGGCCUUUCCUUCCUCUUCAACUGGCGCACCGAGAACAUCAGCACCUCCCAGAAGCUUGCCGCCUACCCGCACCUCUACUCCUUCACCAGCACCAAAUCGGUCGUGCACUGGUUCCAGAUCAUCCGCACCAAGUCCUUCCAGAUGUACGAUGACGACGUGCACCCGCCCACGCUGCUCUCCUCGCCGAGCAGCAACAAGUACACCAAGGUGGCCCGCUACCCGACGCGCAACAUCAAGACGCCCGUCGUGCUGGUCUACGGCGGCAGCGACUCGCUCGUCGACAUCAAGGCCAUGCGCCGCGCGCUGCCCGCGCAGACCAUCGCCAACGAGAUCCCGCACUACGAGCACCUCGACUUCCUCUGGGCCCGCGACGUGCACGAGCAGGUAUUCCCGCACGUCUUCGACGCGCUCGAGAGCUUCACGGGAGCCGAGCCCAUGCGCGAGGAGUUCGCGAGGUACCGCAUCGCGCGGGAGAACUCG